AUGCUCAAUCGAGUCCACUCUAAUACAGAUGCCACAGGUGGCGGGAAUCCCGAACGACGCAUCCCGCCGUCUGAUGUGGAAUGCAAUGAUUUGAAUUCUCAAGAAGAGACUAAAAAGGCAGCAAACGAUGAUCCGUUUGGAUCUGAAGACGUUGCUGAGGUAAAAUAUCGCACGAUGAAGUGGUGGCACUGUGGAAUGCUUAUGAUUGCGGAGAAUGUCUCCUUGGGAAUUCUUUCUAUCCCGUCUACUGUCGCAGUUCUAGGAAUGGCUCCUGCCGCCAUUCUGCUUGUCUUUUUAUCAGCACUAUCGUGGUAUACCGGCUUCAUCAUCGGACAGUUCAAGCUUCGAUACCCACAUGUCCACAGUAUGGGUGAUGCCGGAGAAAUCCUAUUCGGUCGCUGUGGGCGUGCAGUGCUGGAGAUUGCACAACUGCUUCUGUUGAUCUUUGUGAUGUCAAGCCACAUCCUCACAGGCACAAUUCUACUGAGCACUAUCACCAACAACGGGGCCUGUGGCAUUGUCUUUGGUGUUGUCUCAUUGAUCAUCUGUUUCAUUGGAGUCCAGUCCGAGGAUCCUGUUGAAUUCCAUGUUGUUCGACAGGUCAGCUUUUACGAAGGCUUCCUAGCAUUUACCAACAUCAUGUUUGGAUUCAUUGCACAUGUGACCUUCUUCGGCCUGAUAUCUGAAACCCAAGAUCCAGAAUUCUUUCCAAGGUCAUUGGCUAUGCUUCAAAUCACAGAUACCGUAAUGUAUCUUGUAGCAGGUUUGGUUAUCUACCGUUUCGCUGGUCAAGGUGUUGAAUCGCCUGCUCCAUCUUCCGCAGGCCCGCUUAUGAAAAAGAUUUGCUACGGUAUCGCAAUUCCAACGGUUUUUAUUGCUGGUAUAGUUGUUGGCCACGUUGCUUGCAAAUAUGUUUAUGUCCGGGUCCUACGCGGUUCGAGUCACAUGCACAGAAAUAGCUUCGUGGGCAUAGGAUCGUGGGUUGGAAUCGCAGGACUCCUUUGGAUCAUUGCGUGGAUUAUUGCCGAGUCAAUUCCUGGAUUCAACAAUCUUCUCAGUUUUAUCAUUUACUCAAAUGCUUACUUUCCUCAGUGUGGAGCUGGACUUUACGUCUCAGGCAGAGCGCUUAGUGAGACUGCUUCACACAGCAGCUGGUCAUGUUCCGUAAGCUCUUGA